ACUUGAGAUGGACGGCUGGACCUGCUCCACCGACCGGCCCCCUUAAGAGCCACCCCGCCGCACCGCACACGCACGUUCGAGCUACGCAAACCAAACGCCUCGUCCGUCCGUUCCUUUCCCUCCCUCCACCGCCGAUCGAUCAGGGCCAGCUCGCUCUCUCGUUGGUUGGUGGCAUGCAGGAGCCCGGGCGGCGGCCGUUCGCCGGCGCCGUCGACCUGCGCCGGCCCAAGGGCUACCCGGCGCCGUCGGCGACCCCGCAGCCGCAGGCGGAGGCGGGGGCGGGGGAUGCGCACGGUGACCCCUGCCCGCGGUGCGAGUCGCGGGACACCAAGUUCUGCUACUACAACAACUACAACACCUCCCAGCCGCGCCACUACUGCAAGUCCUGCCGCCGCUACUGGACCAAGGGCGGCACCCUCCGCAACGUCCCCGUCGGCGGCGGCUCGCGCAAGAGCUCCUCCUCGUCGUCGUCGUCUUCGUCCAGCCCCAAGCGCGCCAAGAACUCCAAGCGCCGCCGCGUCGCGCCGGCCGCGCCCCCGGAGCCCGAGGCCGAGCACGACGCCGACGCCUCAGCCGCAGCCGCCGUCGCCGCGAGGACGAAGGAGGCCGCGGCCACCACCGAGGACGUGACAACAGCUGACGAUCCCGCCGCAGCCCCUGCGGCCGACGGGUGUUUCGCUUUCACGGCCGGCGAGCCCGACGCGCCACCUGCGGCGGAAGGGUGUUUCACUUUCUUGGCCAGCGAGCUCGACGCGCCACCCGCGGCGGAGGGAGACAGGGGUUUGGCUUUCACGGCCGCCGAGCCGGACGCGCCACCCGCGGCGGACGGAGACGGGGGCCUCGCUUUCACCGAUCACCCGUCGGUGGCGCUCGGGCUCGGCGUGGCGGACGACGCCGGCGGGAAGGAGCUGGCGGACCCGAGCCCGUUCGAGUGGCCGUCGGGCUGCGACCUGGGGUCCUACUGGGUGGCCGGCGUGUUCGCCGACACCGAUCCGGCGCUGUUCCUCAGCCCGCCGUGAACCGUGGUCGUCUCGCAGAGCUCCACCGGUGAGCUGAGCACGGCACGGUCAGAGCACAGCUCGAGCUCCCCAACCUUCUUACUAUCAUCAUCGUCUGGCUGGAUUCCGGCCAGUAGUAUUUGGAUGGAAUUUUCAUUUCACUACUCACCAGAGGGGUCGAUCUAAGAAGCCGUUUGUUUUAGUGCCUGAUCGGAAGGCUAACCUAGAAGGUGAGGUGCCUGUAUAAAUCAGUACCAGGUCUGAUCACGGCGUGUUUCAAGCCCUGAAAAGAUUUCCCUUUCGCGAUUAGCGAACUACCACUACCACUCAUUUAUACUACUACUUGUUUGACUCC